CGUCGUCCGACGCCGCAUGGGCAGCCCGUCUUCAUCGACGGCGACUACGGAAGUACCACCCCACGCUGCCCGCCUCGCACGCGUGCGCAUCUCAAUUCUGCGCGGUGCACAACAUUUGACAAAGCAUGUCGAGCUUUAAGGACUUUGUGCGGCAGCGGCGCCAACUCGCAGCGGUCACGGAGACGGCCACGAAUCCGCCACCAAGGAUCCUGCUCGUCACGACCGCCAAUCUGUUUACUUACGAUGGCAGCGGUAGAACCGUGGACAUGACCAAGCGCCCGACCGGCGGAUUAACAUUAACACAUGCGCUCACGCGCCACGUCCACGGCUUGGGCGGCAGCAUCGUCGCCGUGGACUUUGUGCACGACGACUACGGCGACGUCGCCGAGAGGCGCUGGGAGGGUAUCCCGAUCAAGUGCGUCCGGCGCGGCGCUGCCAUGCGUCUGAGCGCAGACGUCGUCGUGACGACCUCGCUGGCAUUGGACGUCGUGAACUGGGCGGCGGCGCACUGUUCCGGGGCAUUUUGCGCGAUGUGUCACGACUACUCCGGCGCGCCCUGGGGUCCCUUCGGCCACGUCGACGCGAAGCAGCAGGCGCCGCUCCGCGACGCCCUCGCGGGGUGGAAUCUGUUGUGUGAUUCGAAGCACGUCACGGCGUACCACGAACGCUUCGGGCCCGCGGAUGUCAAGCCGCAACUCUGCUACGGCGCGUGCUACGGCUACUUCCGCGCGCCGCCGCUCUACCGGAACGCCGUCGCCGCGGAGUACGUCACCUUGAUCUCGCCCUGCGCGCCGAAAGGCCUGAGCAUCCUGGCGGCGAUCGCGCCGAGGAUGCCUCACGUCAAGUUUCUGUGCGUUGCCACAGCUUGGACGAACGCGGUGGUCCAGCACAUCCUGAAGCGGUUCCCGAAUGUUAUGGUUGAGGCGGGGGCGCCCGACGUCGACGUGUUCUAUCGAAGAACUCGUGUGUUGCUCGUGCCGUCGAUCUGGCCCGAGGCGUUUGGAUUGGUGGCCACAGAGGCCGCCGCCCGAGGCAUCCCCGUGCUCUCGACGGACUUUGGCGGCCUCGCGGAGGCGAACCCUGUGGAACGACUGCGACUUCCCACGCGCUGGUUCUAUGACCAUGCCGCAUUUAAGCUGCUGCGGUGCCACCUCGACGACGCGAUGGAGCGGCCCCAGGCCGACCCGCCGGCGGACGUCCUCGCGGCGGCGUCGGACGAACGGCGCGAGCGCGUCGCGAAGCACCUGUUCCAUUGUGUAUUGCACGUAGCUCCUUCCGACGUCGCGGAUGCGUUCGUCGAGACGCUCACACGGCUUCUCGCGGACGACGCGUUUUACGCCGAAGCCGCGCGCGACUCGCGCGAGGGCGCGAUGGCGUUCAUCGAGCGGUACGACGGGACGUUUGUGGAUGUUGUGAAGGGGGUUCUGUUGCGGCGGCCGCUCGCGUGUGAGUAG